AUGUCCAUGUUCAGUCAAAACCCAUUGAUGAAUGGUCCAAAUUACUCCUUCAAUCAAGCUCCAACCAAGCAAGCUGAUGGUUUCACACAACAUCAUGGUUUCUACCCAUACACCGAUAACGGUGGUUCUACUCUAGCAAUCUCAGGUUCCGACUUCACCAUCGUCGCCGGCGACACCCGUUCCACAUCCGGAUAUAACAUUAACACAAGAUACCAACCCAAAGUCUUCAAGAUCGGUGGCACAACCGCUGCUCAAGAUGAUGCUACUCUCGUUCUCUCCGUCGUAGGAUUUGCCGCAGAUGGAGAAGCACUCAAGGAACGCCUCGAUGCAAUCGUCAAGAUGUACCGCUACCAACACGGCAAGCCUAUGAAUGUUAAAGCAUGCGCUCAGCGAUUAGCAACUAUUUUAUACAGCAAGCGAUUCUUCCCAUACUACGUUACCGCGAUUCUCGGAGGUUUGGAUGAGGAGGGAAAGGGAGCAGUUUACAGUUAUGAUCCUGUUGGAAGUUAUGAGAGAGAACAGUGCAGAGCCGCAGGUGCUGCAGCCAGUCUGAUCAUGCCUUUCUUGGACAACCAGGUCAACUUCAAAAAUCAAUAUAUCCCAGGUAGUGGAGAAGGACAUGCGUUGGCGGAAAGAGAAAAGAUUCCAUUGGCUAGAAAUGAAGUGGAGGAUUUGGUUAAGGAUGCAUUUGAUAGUGCGGUGGAGAGACAUAUUGAGGUUGGUGAUGGUUUACAGAUGUUGAUCAUUACGAAAGAGGGCAUUGAGGAGAUUUAUAAGCCAUUGAAGAAGGAUUAA